AUGGAUGGUGGAUCAGUUACUGUGGGGGACUCUGCCUCGUUAACCCCAGUGCCUGGCGACCCACAACACGAGCAGGAGCAAGCACAAGAGCAACCCAAGGUACCUGGAGGAUUGAACACAAGCUCAGGUAUUCAAGAUAACUCAUGCUCAUCUCUCGUGCGACUGCCUCCCGAGCUACUUCAUCAGAUCCUGUCGUAUCUCUCAGCAACGGACCUGGCUCGAGUGUCGCUCACUUGCCGCUCCCUCGCUGGACACACAACGAAUGAUCUUUUGUGGGCGGACGUGGUUAAUUUAUACCUACCCUUCAAGAUCUACAGUGCCAGUCCCUUUGAAUCAUUUCGCGCUCUAUACGUCGCUUAUCACCCUUGCUGGUUCAUCCCACGAAAUAAGAUCUGGUUCUCGGAUACUGAACACACUGGAAAUCUGAUUCUGGCGCGGUUUGAUCCACGAAGGGGAGUCAUUGAGGCAUAUCGGGUCAUUGCUGAGCGACGGGGAAAUCAGUUUCAGGUAUGGGAGUGGAAUCCGGACGUCAUAAUACAAACAUUCCAUCCCAAGGUCAGUCUUUGGCUGGACGACCCGGUGCUUCUUCUGAAGAACACUGAAGGCCAGCUGCCCAGAUAUUGCCAUGGCGAGACUCGUAUGCCAAUGGCGAUAGAGACGCAGCAUGUGUUUAAUGCGUUUUCGCUGUGUUCUCCAGAGUUGCCCCCACACCCGCCAGUGGAUUCUAACAAGCAGUGGCCUCCGCCGACCAUCCCCAGUGAUCAUCGUGUCUAUCGCGAUGUUGAGAUGGAAGGGCAUCGAUCGAAUGGAAAUCAGCGUUGCCGAGAUUCAGCACAGAUAUCUGAGCAUGCGUUCCGCAUUCGACGCUGGGCGCAUUUUCGUCUCGGUAUGCCUAUGUUUACCGCGGGUCGAAGCGAGACAUUGUCGACUUAUGGUACACUGGACCCAAGUCUGUAUACACCUACGAGGGAAAAGCCAUAUCAGGGAAUCUGGGUGGGAGACUACUCUGCCCACGGAUGUGAAUUCUUGCUAUUCAUACAAAGAGAUCACGACGACCACUCGACGACUUCGAUCAACGAACCAGAACCAGGCCCUGAUGAAGUAAUCCAAAGGGGCAGUCUGGAGGCCAUCAAGCUCACUGGCGAUCCAAAUGUUCCUCGGGGACAAUUAUCUUUCAUUGCUAAUGAUAUUGGGCCACGGGGACUGGUCCGUAUCGCAGACGAAGCACCUUAUCAAGGAUCUAGAAUAGUGCGAAGCAAAGGGCAUGUCGCAGGGAUUGGGUUCAGAGAUGACACCUUUAUCUCGUCGCAGCUGAUCCUGAUAUCACCGGAUUGCGUUGCUCAUUACUGGGAAGCUAUGGGGCAUAUCUCAUACCUCCGACGUCUUGACAUUGACUCACUCAUUCAGACAUGA